AAUGAUGCGUUCUAAUGGUGCCUGUGGAAAUAGUGGCGGUGCAGGAAUUGCAUCGACCGGUAUGGGUGGGGCUUCAGGUGGUGAUGAUGGUUGCAUAUAUCCGGAUGAAGUUAUAAUGGAGAAAGGGGUGGCUUUUAAUGUGAGGUACACUGGUUGUAUCGAAGUGAAUACAUCGAUGAAAACGCUUGACUUCCAUACCCGUACACAGGUGGCCAGGGAAUGCAUAAAUCGUGUAUGUGAAGCCGCUGGUUUAAAGUCUGGAAAACGACGUGUGGAUAAGAAAAUUGGCCAGUAUAUAGCCGAUCGUCCAUGCAUGGUUAAUGCUGGUACAAAUGUUGUCAUUAAUGUAUCGAGCCGUUCGCUGAAUUUGAUUAAUGUCGACACCGGUGAAAUUAUUGCUUCACAUCAAAUGCCAAGAAUAUCGUUUGCUUCUGGCGGAGAUUCCGAUACCCUUGACUUUUUGGCUUACAUUGCCAAAAACGAAGAUGAAUGGCGUGCUUGUUAUGUUUUGGAAUGUAUCGGGGGACAAAGUGAAGAUCUUAUUGUGACAAUUGGCAAAGCCUUCAUGUUGCGUUACAAUGCACUCAGUCGCAAAGGACAUCACCAACAAGUCAGCGAACAAUUCAAUGAAACAUCUAUAAAAGGAAACGAUAAAGAAUAUUAUAAUGAUUUACCAAAUAAAUUGCCACCAGAUUUAAUGAAUGACAUUGACAUACAGGAACAGCAACAGUCGCAAUCAACACAAAAAGUGGCCCAAUUGAAUUUGAAGAAACCCCGCGAUCGUCUUAGCAGUAACUUGAUUGACUUGAAUAGUCCACCGCCCGAUCAGACAACAAACAAAAUGAAUCUUUGCCCAUUUGAUCCCAUGAAGGAGCCGGGUGGCGUAACACAGCCACAGCCACCCGAUGUUUUUGAUAUACCUCCUCUUUCAUUGUCCGCUGAAGUACAACGUUCACAACUCAUGACUGAGUCUUGGUUCCAUGGUUCUAUAAGUCGGCCUAUUGCCGAGGGUAUGUUGGACAACGACGGCGAUUUCCUGGUACGUGAAUCACAAGGCAAACCCGGUCAGUAUGUUCUAACCGGUUUACAGGGUAAAACUCCUAAACACCUACUUCUCAUUGACCCCGAGGGCAUUGUUCGUACUAAAGAUCGAAUUUUUGAAAGUAUAAGUCAUUUAAUCAAUUAUCAUUGGACCAAUCUUUUACCCAUUAUAUCUGAAGAUUCCGAACUUGUAUUGCGUACACCAGUUACACGAUCUAAUCCCUCAGCAAUGACUCAAACUCCGCAUACAAUGCCAGCGCCACACAAUCAUCAUGCACAUCAUCCGCAUCAUCAUCAAAUACAGUCGUGUAAGGAAUAGAUGAUAUUUCAUUAGAAUUUUUGAGAUUUUUUGUAUU